GCGUUAAAGGGCGGGGCCUCGUGCGCGUGUGGCCCUGCCCCUCUGCCCGGUCGGUGCGGCGCGGCGCGGCGCGUGCUGCCGGCCGCCUUCCUCGAGCAGCGGCGGCCGUUGGCGGGCGGCGGGAGGAAGCUCGCGGCGGAGCGGAGCGGGGCAGAGCAGGAAGAAGGAGAAGGAGGACGACGACUAGGAGGAACCGUCCCACCGCGAAGGGCGAAAGCCCCGCGCCAUGAGCCCCGAGGAAAAGCCGCCGCCGAGCCGCUCCCGCGGUGAGCGUCCGCCUCAGCCUCAGCCCGCCGCCGGCCGCGGCCGGCGGCGAGGCGGCCUCCUGACCGAGAUCCGCACGCCCAUCCGCACCGAUCCCUUCCAGGAGCGCUACAGCCUCAGCCCCGGCAGGGAGCUCGGCAGAGGAAAAUUUGCAGUGGUGAAGAAGUGCAUUCAGAAAGGGACUGAAAGAGAGUUUGCAGCAAAAUUCAUGAGGAAAAGAAGAAAGGGCCAAGACUGUCGGAUGGAAAUAAUCCAUGAAAUUGCAGUCCUUGAGUUGGCACAAUGCAACCUUUGGGUCAUUAACUUGCAUGAAGUUUAUGAAACUGCCACGGAGAUGAUUUUAGUCCUGGAAUAUGCUGCUGGAGGUGAAAUUUUUGACCAGUGUGUGGCUGAAAGGGAGGAAGCCUUUAAAGAAAAAGAUGUUAAACGACUUAUGAAGCAAAUUUUAGAAGGAGUUUCAUUCUUGCACAGAAACAAUGUGGUUCAUCUUGACUUAAAGCCCCAAAAUAUUCUACUAACCAGUAAAUCUCCUCUGGGUAACAUAAAGAUAGUAGACUUUGGUCUUUCCAGAAUAAUGAAGAGCAGUGAGGAACUAAGAGAAAUUAUGGGAACUCCAGAAUAUGUAGCUCCUGAAAUUCUGAGUUACGACCCAAUCAGUACAGCAACAGACAUGUGGAGCAUUGGAGUACUGGCAUAUGUCAUGUUAACAGGGAUAUCUCCAUUCUUAGGAGAUGAUAAACAAGAAACAUUCUUAAAUAUAUCUCAAAUGAACAUAAGUUACUCUGGAGAAGACUUUGACCUCAUAUCAGAGUCUGCUGUGGAUUUCAUCAAAACUCUGCUGGUUAAAAAACCUGAGGAGCGGGCAACUGCUGAAGAAUGUCUUCAACAUCCAUGGCUAGAACAAAGUGAUGAUCGUGCUCACAGAGUCUGGAGUAAGAAUACAGGAGGGGAGACCAGUGAUGUCCAGAGAGAUGCAGAUUCUGCGUCUGGAAAAUCUGUAGAGGCCGAGAAAACUGAAGAGGAGGAUUCAGUUGUGACAGAAGAACUAAUUGUAGUGGCUUCAUACACACUGGGACAAUGUAGGCAGUCAGAAAAAGAAAAAGUAACUGAGCAGAAAGCCAUUUCCAAACGAUUUAAAUUUGAGGAACCACUGCUGCAAGAGUUACCAGGAGAAUUCAUUUACUGAACUGUGUGGAAGUUCAUAGCUGUAACUGAAAGGCAGGGGUUUCUACUAAACAACAAAAAUAUCUUAGCCAAGGGAAUCUCUGAUAUGCAAUAGAUGUUCUAGAUAAAGGAAAACAUUCAUAAAUGACAACUAAGGAAAAUGUGCCAAGCUUUUAAUUUUGUGGAACAGUUAAACAAGAUUUCAAGUGGCUGAUAGGAAACUUAACAAGGAUAAAAACUUAUUUUUGUUUGCAUUUUUAUUUCUGACUUUAGUCUUUGUAUAGCAGAGUCUCCGUUAAUUGUUCCAGUGUUCUGGAGAAGUUGACAUGAGAGGAAGUUUCAGUGACAGAUGCCAAAAGGAGUAUUUUUUUAGGAUACAUUCUGCCAUUUAAUGCAAAUAUACGAUGCUGGGUUUUCUGCAAACACCUUUUAUCACUCCUGACUUCAGUGGAACUAUCUACUGAUUUAACAAUUGUACAAGGAGAGAAUCUGACUGGUUUCACCUACAGAUUUUGAAGCUAUACUGUGUAUUUCUGAGUUUACAUCAGGUCAAAGACCCAGACUCAUCUGGCUUGGAGCCAAGCUAACUGUGAGCUGGGUUUAUCUACUGAGGGAUAGAUGUGUCCCACAGGUAAAGAAAUCUGCAUCAGUGAACAAUUCCAGAUCACAGUGGAGAUGCUUCAUGAUUUGGGAGCACAGUAAGAUCCUGGUCUGGAGGUUGACAAGUCUGCAUAAAUAAGACUCCUGAGAACUAGCAGAGACUGCUCCCUUCUCCUGUGUUGGGCUAGAUGCCCUAAUAAAAUCCAGCUCUAUAUGACUACACAAAGUGUUGAUGAGAAGGAAAAAUGACACAGGGCUUGAAGUAGCUCUACUGAAGUUAUUGACAUUCUCUCCACUGGCUUCAGAAUGUUGGUCCAACUAAUGAUAAAUAAGCCCUUGAUGGGAGUGUUCCCCCUUCCCCCACCCCAGACCCAGCUGGGGUUUUACUGGGAGCCUGAGGUCAUUGCUGACUUCUUUCUUUUCUUCUAAUAGCUGCUUUAAGCAGGAAAAAAGCAUCCUUAAGCUAAACUGCAUAACCUUGUUCAAUAUAGCUAUCAGUUGAGAAAAAGGAUACCCCUUCCUCUCAAGUAAUGAAGCACAUCUCAUUCCUCAUGCUUCCCAAUCACUCUCCCUUAGACAUUUAAUAAAACAGUAUGUGUAUGAUGGGGCAGAGUGGGAUUAGGGAGCUGUAUGGAUGGGUCAUAGUUCUCAAUGGACAGGGUCCUCCAUUACAGGAUAAAGCAGGGACCACCUGGGCAUCAAAACUGGUUUUUUCAAUGUACAGAUCCGAGGCUCUUGGAUGGAGUCCUAGUUUUCUUAGAAAUCUUUCAUAUUGAUGCUGUUCCAAAGUCUAAUUUUUAUGUAAUGGAAGUUUAGUGCUAUUAUAUUGCAUACUGUUAACUGUUCAACUAUUUAUUUGGUUUUCUUAUGCUGUUCCUUUAUAAUAAACCCUGACAAAAGUUUUCUUGCUAUAAAACAAUGAAUAGAAAUUCUUAAGCUUAGUUUUUCUGUUUUUCCAUGUUGCAACAGACUCCUAAUUUCAAACAUGUACUGGGAAUGUUCUUAUUCUUAAUGAACAGGAGUUCAGUGCUCUCUGCUACUAUUACAGUUCCUCCUUCACACAAAAGGUAAAUGGCUUAUUAUGUGAUCUGAUUAGUAUUACUGUAAGGGUUAGACAAAGCAUUGGUAAAGAAAAAACUGCAGGAAGAGCACUGGGACAUUGAGGAAAUGUGCAUUUUUCUAUAAUGCUUCAUUGCCAGUGGUCUGGUUGCCUUCAUUUGAAGCCACAUCAGAAAAUGCACCCAAAUUAAACAGUUCCAUGAGACAAUUCUCCUGUUGAAUUACAUAUUGAAUGUACAUGUAGGUAGGACAACAUCUCACUCCACGAAGACCUUUAUAUAAUAAAACAUCCAGUAGUACUUGAAUAAUUCAAUUUGGAUGUGUUUUAUAUUGUAAUCCAGAGAUGCCUUUCAUACUCUCAAAAUCAGUCAUUCGCUGCUUUUUUUCUUCCUGUAGACAGGAACCUGGUAGACUUGUACCAUAAAGAUUUCUUUGGAUAACUGUGGCUGGCAAUUAAUAGAAAUUAAACAAGAAUCUUUGAGCCCACAGAGUCAUUGUGUUAUAUGGGCAUUCUUGGAAGUGAGGAACAGUAGCUGCAUUACACAUGUUUUUCUACCCUUAGUGCUGACCACUGUUAGACUCAAGUCAGUAUUCUUCAUAGGCAUCUUUCUUUUAGUGUUCGGUCGUUUGCCCAAAACAAUCUGAGUUACAUAAACUUUUGAAGUUCAAUUAAAAUUGCAGUGAUUAAAGCUUGGAUAACCUUGACUUGUUUUUUUUACAUCUGAACUUCCUUGCUUUUAACAAGUUGCACAAAGCACAGACUCAAACAUGUCACAUCCCACAGUUACAAAACACAAAUUUAUGUUGCUAUAUCUAGAUACCUAAAUCAUACUCUAGUUCAUGGUUGCUCAUGGCAAAUCAUUUGAUGGAUCUCUAAGCUGUUUUAAUUUCUGUGUAACCACAGAUUAGCCCUCAUAGUUAGGGAUGUGGGUUGGCACUAAUGAAAGAGUGGAUGCUGGGCAGCAUACAUUUUGUCCUAUAUUUACUGUUUGUAAUAUAUGACAGUGAAGCUUAACAUGUAUGAAUGAAUGGUGUACUUGUUACAAGGCCAGCUUCUUUUGAAUUGGCUGCUUUAAGAUUUCCAGUGUGCUGCACUUUCAUUUAACUUUUUGUGCCUUAAGGUGGUUUUUUUUUUUUUUAGUGUUUUUAAUGUCAUUAAGAAUUUAUAUAAAGUUGUGAAAGCUUAAUAAUAUAAGCUAUAAGCAAGGCAUUUUAAAUUGGCCCUAUAAUCCAAAAAAGCUUCUAUGCUGUAUUACUGCAGGACUAUCAGCCAGUUUCACUUGCAUUUGAAGCUCUUUCUAUUCCACUAUAAGUGUGGGUAAAGCUGUAAAUUAGGUAUUCUUUCUCUAUGCUGCAGAAAGCAGCUGUUGAGCUUACUGGUUUUGAGAGGUUUAAUUACUAGCAAACUGAUCUGUUAAGACUGACAACAAAUCACUAGCUUGUGAAGAACAGCUGAUUCUCUGCAGCUCCUUGAAUGUGGAGGACUGCUGUAUGCACAAUUUAUCUAGGGGGGAAAAAAAGCUGCUUAUGCUUGGUGGGUGGAGAGAGGGAAGGAAUAAACUCCUUGACCCUCAUCCCUUUGGGACUGAAAUAGCAUUGCCCACAUGUUCCAGCUCUUCAGUCAAUUACACUUGGCACCUGCUGGGGCCCUGUGUCUACCAGUGCCACAGCCUGCCUGCAUGAGGUUUGGAGCAAGGCUGCUAUUUGCUUGAAUGGAAGAAUCAAAGGAAUGGAAGGGAAGAACAGAUGUUCUUAGAAACUGCUAGAGAAUUGCUAAUUCUAGGGCUUUGAUAUAAAAGACCUGAACUAUUGGCUCCCUAUGUACUGUGGGGUUUGGAGGUGGGGGACAGUAUGAUAGGUCUGAAAGGUGCAGGCCUGUACGUCCCUUGUGAUUGUUGGCAUGAAGAGCAAACACAUCUAGUUGAAAGCAAAGCCUGUUGCUUUGCCUCUGUUUGUUGCUAACUGCUAUGUUCUUUUUUUUCUUUUUGGAGGAGGCUCCAGACAUACAGUCAUUAAACCAGAAGCUCUAUAAAAAAAAUCCUGUUCUUUGCCCAAAACAGAAUUUUUACUGUGAUUUGUCUCACUACUUACCUUUAUUUUUCUUUCCUCUCCCAUUGAGGAUCCCUAAAUGCAAAAGCAGUGAAUUCCAGCUUGUAACCUACCAGAUGGAUCUUGGUAUCAGUCAGUUAGGAAACCUGAACAAAAGUUAACUGCCCAUUUUCAACUGGUGGUGCUGGUAGGGGGCAGGGAGGAAGAUGGGCCUUGGACCACUUCAUUCCAUGGCUCAGGAUCUCUCUUAAGAUGUUCCAGGAACUCAUCUUGGAAGACAGUUCUACAGUUUAAAGAAAUGCUGCCAGCUCAUUAUAUGUCUCUCAAUAUAUUUACUGUUUCAGAAGCUUUGCAAUAACUGAAACUUUCUUCUUGAAUAGUAGACAGGCCUUUGCAAAGUUUCUUUUUAUUAGUUCUUCAUUGGAAAAUACUUUAAAACAUAAUGAUUUUUAAAAAAAAGCUUAAAGUCAACACUUGCUGAUUUGAAACAGAAUUUCAAAAGUUAUGCUACCUUAUCUGAUGCAAAAUGACUGAAUGAUUACUGGAAUCUGUAUUAAAGCUAAAGCAAGUACAGUGUUGCACUAUGUGAACUAUGGCAACUUUAAAAUUGAUUCUUUUCUGUGUUUGGUAACUGUACACCUUGCUUCACCUUUAGCUUUGAGUAAGAACAAGAUUUGUAUUGCCAGAAUUGGGUGGUAAGGUGUUAUAUGGAGUCUUUUGUUCAAAUGCCCUUGCCUGCCUCCAAAAACUUCUGUAUUUUUCUCAACAUCCAUAUAACAAGAUUACUGAUACUUUAGUUUUCUGAAUUAAGUAUUUGUUCAAUUUAUAUUGGCUGCACAAAGUGCACCAAUAAUCCUUCCCGCUCCAAAGCAAUACUCAUUUGCAUUGCAGAGAUCUUCAUGAUACAACUUUUACAGAUGUUGAAUUAAGCUUCAUUGGCAUUAAUAAAUAUAGUCAUAUUACUCAUGUAAA